GCAAACCGUGCUUCACACGUACUCUACAAAUAGAUAGAAUCCCUGGUGAUGGAAAAGCACACGCACUUGUCCCUUGAUACCAGCGCGGCCGUAUGGCGCCCCGUGGAGUUAUAGCUUAUGCUUCUCAGAUAUCGAUAAGUGUGAUCUAAACAUGUUGUGCUCUUCUCCUCGGUCGCUAUAUAAACGCAUGAGUAUGCAUUGAGCAAAGAGUCUUCGAGUAGCUGGCUAGCAGUUGCAUCGAUAAGCUUUCAGAUGCCAAGCUUGUUGUCAUGUUGCUUCUUGAUGUACUUGGUGUGGUGUCAUUGGUCAUGGCUACCUACGUUACAAGAGGCGGCUGCAAGGAGCUCCCCCCGGAUUACGACAAGAGCGCUCGUCCACAUGCCGAAGGUGCUCCGAUAGAGGUACGAGUUGGUCUGUACAUUGAGAGCUUGGGUGCAAUCAAAGAAAGCACGAUGGACUUUCGUUUGACGAUGUACUUCAGACAAAGGUGGGUUGACCCCCGCCUUGCCAUCAACAAAACCCAUGAACGAAUAUUAGUAGCCAAUGAAGGAGACAUCAUCUGGUCGCCCGAUCUUUACUUCCUCUACGAGAAAAGUGGCCAUGCCCACGUCCUUACCGUUCCUAACAUCGUGACGACUAUCCAGCCAGACGGAACGAUUUUCCGAAGCUCAAGGAUAAGUUUGACUUCAGCUUGCUACAUGGUUCUUCAUCGCUUUCCGUUUGAUUCUCAGCGAUGCACGUUAAACGUUCUGAGCUAUAGUUAUACUACCAAGGAUAUGAUACUCGAAACCAGUGAUGAGUCUGUUGAGAUACCGGAUGGAUUGAUAAUGCCUAGUUUUAUUCUGCAAUCAAUUUCGACCAGGGAUGACGACGUGCUGGUUUCACAUGGGGGUAAUUUUAGUAUGAUCAACGUCCACUUUGAGUUCCAACGGCAAAUGCAGUCCUUCCUCUUGACAGUCUACAUCCCGAGCAUGCUUCUCGUUAGUCUGGCCUGGCUUUCAUUUUGUAUCGACGCACAAGCAGCCCCUGCCCGAGUCUCACUGGGUAUAACAACAGUACUCACCGUCACCACUAUGACCUCUGGAAUACAGGAAUCACUUCCGGUUGUGACCUACGCAAAGGCUAUUGAUAUUUGGCUUGCUGCUUGUCUGUUCUUUGUCUUCAUGGCCUUGCUGGAAUACGCGCUGGCUAAUUAUCUCCUCACGCUAAACAGAAAACGUAAAGAAGCCAUAGAGGCCUUGGAAGCAUCCCUAAAAUCUGAGUCAUCGGAGCGUGGCAGUCCGCCAACUACCAAAGAAGGAAUUAUGGAGGAACAGCUCAGCAGAUACCAGGCUCAGUACGCCGCUCCAAUCAAGGGGCAGUCAUCGGGCAAUAGUUCUGAUGAAGAAACCCAGAAUCCUCUUGUCCUUCCCACGCUGUGGACAGCCGACAGAGUUGACCGCCUAGCGAGAUACAUUUACCCAGUUGCCUUCUUUUUAUUCAACCUCAUUUAUUGGCCUUUGUAUAUUUAUAUGGACUGAUCGGGUGCAGGAGAGGGGUGUCCGUCAGGGUCCUUCGUUGUCACCACUUUUAUUUCAAUAGAUGAGUUACAUGGUUACCAAGACUUGGAAGAGUAGAAACAUCCGCCUUUUUUUAUUACAAUGAAAGUUUAUACGAAAGGACUGGACUACGGAAUGAAAGGUGCAUAAGCUGAGAAAUCCACCCCCGGAAUUUUGGAAUCUAAUAGCAACAAAUUGUCUUGAUGUCAUCCAAACUUUGCAGUAACAAGAUACCAUGAUCUGUAGUGAAACCAAUAGAAUAAUCACUACAACGCUGAGUCGAAACAUGAUGGUUUUAUAUAAUGUAUUGAUGGAUCUUGAUCUUGGGAUAUAUAUAAAUACUGAAUUAUAUGAGCCGAAUUGCCUUAUUAUCAUAUGUUUAUAGAAUUUCAGUUAGAAGUAUAGAAGAAUAGAAGUAGCACAAUUUUCUUUAUUAUCAACGGCAAUUCUAUAUUGCAUGUACGAGUAGUAGUAGUAGUAGUAGCAGUAGCAGUAGUAGUAAUAAUAGAAAGAGGAGGAGUAGAAGUAGCAGUAAGCACCACCACAAACACCAUCAGCAGUAGUAGCAGCAGACGCAGUAAUAGUAAUAAUAUAGUAGUAGUAUAGUAGUAGUAUAGUAGUAGUAGUAGUAGUAGUAGUAGUAGUAUGUAAUAAAAAAAGAUCUACUUACCCUAGCCACCGUACUUGAGCUCUUAUCAACUGAUCACCUAGAGGACGCUGUAUAUUAUCUUUUUCAUUCUUAAUAAUUAAUUAGAAAUUCAAAUGAUCAUGACUGGUAGUUUUGCUCUUACUUAAGUCUUUAAAACAUGUUGAAUGUACUAUGAAGUUUGUAUUUGCAAUAAUGUGCUGCAUAUGCCAAUGGUUUUCUUAUUGUUUAUCAACUUAAUGAAUUAUAUUUCUUUAUCGCUUUCUUUAAACAUAAGUUUUGUGUCAAUAUUAUUAGCACAAAUCAUACGCUCUGCGUGAAUCACGAUGCAUGGAAAUUAUGGUGUUCCUAUGUUAAAAGUCUCAGGUUAAAAUAUAUAUGGCUAGUUAAAUUAAAUCGAUGUAAAUGUAUAUUUUCAUAUUUUGUGUUUUUAUAUUGUGUUUGUACUUUUUGUUAUGUAGGGGUUGGUAUCCACAUGCAUGAGUUGGUAUGCGACUGUUAGAAUAAGAUGGGGGAUCGAGGAGGGAAUUGGGAAAGUUAAAAGGAUAGAAGAGCAGACUAGAUACACCUAAAUAGAUUUGAUCAAAAGAUGUUGAUAUAUAAUAAUUACAUUAUUUCGUCCAAACAAAAUAUGGGUAAGGAUUGACCAAGGAACAAUGGUUGAGAAAAAUGUCAUUGGUUGAAAAUUCGCAGACUGAGGUUUGAAUGACUUUUACCACACUUUUGGUCGGCCACAGUAAUAUUAACCAUCUCGAUGGGUUUCUCUUUUGUAUAGUUUUUUUUUCCAGAGAUUAAGUGAUAAUCAUAGAAGGAAAAAAGAGCGACUUUUGGAAAGAGGGUGACCCUAUUAGUGUUAUGCCACAG